UGGCGUGGUGUUACUUCAGUUAGCAAUGCUGCCAGAAAAAGGGGCAGAGGUAAAGGGUCUGGUAAAAAAAUAGCAAAAGAUCUGAACAGAGUUCAGAUGAUAGGUGCGGGAAGCAAAAGCUUUAUUUGGCCUGGAAUAAAUUCCCCCAUCGUUCGAGGUAAAACCUUAGUGCAGCAUGAAUAUUCACCACAGGAUAAUGAAUCAGACGAAAGUGUGAACAAAAUACGGGACUUUUUGAGCAAUUCUCGAAUUUUUAAAUUAAGUUCUAUUGAUCGCGGUUGGUCUGGAUCAAAAAUGCCUGGUCGCAGUAUUGGACCACCAGACCGCAUUGGUGAUGAAAAUUUUAAUAGUUUUGAUACCAGAGUACUUGAAAAUAAAAUUGUAUUUAUUAUGAAAGGAAAUAUGGGAAGAAAGAGACGUUACUCCGUAUUAUCCAUUACUGGAAACGGUCAAGGCUUGGCCGGUUUUGCUGUUGCUAAGGCACCCGAAGUGCGAACAGCUUUAAGAAAAUCAAAAAAUAGAGCAGCUCAAAAAGUAAUCAAAAUUGAGGUUUGUGAUAAACACACGGUAUUUCAUGAUUUUUUUUGUGCGUUUGGCCAGACAAGAAUAUUCGUAGCAAGGAAACCUGAAGGCUAUGGCCUCGUUUGUCAUCGAGCUAUCAAAACUAUUUGCAAAGUGAUUGGAAUACAAGACUUACAUGCCAAAAUAGAAGGAUCAACUAAUUUGCAGCACAUAGUAAAAGCAUUUUUCUUGGGGUUGUUAAUCGCAAAAAACAAAGAACUGAUUGUUGUGGCUCUUCGUAAUGAAACAGGCUUAAAGCCACAAAUCAUAGCUCAACCAGGCUAUUGUAGAACACAUAAUGAAAUUGCAAAAAAUGAAAUUUUGAAUUACACUCAAUAUAUUUUGGGCGUUAAAAUUAUUUUGAAUAAAAAUAAAUUGUUCCUUUCCUUUGUAAAUAGCAAAGGAUACACAUUAUAUUUAAAGUGA